UGUGUCGUGUACAUCAAUUCCCCUCGACCCCCCCGAAAUCAACAGUGUGGGCGGCAUUGGGAGGGAGAGAAUCCUCAAUCGAAAUGGCCAAUACAAAAUGAAAAUGUCCGGAUGGGGCUAUAUGAGGAAAAUAAAGGAUUUGUAUAAUACAUUUCUUGACCUAGCCUGGUGGAAAGUGUGUCUGAUAUAUCCGAUUGUGUUUAUUAUUUCCUGGCUCUUCUUCGGGCUGCUGUGGUUCCAAAUAUCAAAGGAGAAGGGACAGUGUUUGGCCAACGUCGACUCGUUUUAUUCCGCGUUCCUGUUCUCCCUGGAGACACAGCGAACGAUCGGGUACGGCCACCGAUACAUCAGACAGACGUGUUUCAGUUCCUAUGUGGUGCUAGUCCUGCAGUCGAGCAUUGGAAUUGUCAUUCACGCACUCAUGGUCGGAAUGAUGUACGACCGUUUCUCCAAAAACAACAAUCGAGCACAGACUAUUCUCUUCUCCAGAAACGCAGUGAUCUGCCAGAGGGACAAUUUCCCCUGUUUUGUAUUCAGAACAGCUAACUUGCAGGCAACAGGCCUUGUCGACUGCCAGGUUGUUCUCAAGUUUGUGUAUUCUACCAUUACUGAAGAACAGGAGACUAUUCUCCUUGAUUUUAUUAACCUCCAAGUCGGCGAGGAUGACGUUUCUCAGGAAAUUGAAUUUUGUACUCCAGUCCUCAUUGCACACAGAAUCACGCCUGCUAGUCCAAUCUACGACUAUCUCGAAAAAGGUCUCGAAGAAUCCCAAUUUGAAAUACUCGUUCUCCUGACUGGGUGCGACGAAGCCACUGGAGUCACCAUCCAGGCUCGAGUCUCCUAUCUUCCCAGAGAUAUCAUCCUCAAUCACCGAUUCGUUAUGAUUGAGUCUUUGUCCAACUCGAAUGAUUGGAUUCUUGAUUUUAAAAAAUUUCAUUCUAUUUUGCCCGAAUAA